UUUUUACUUAACAUUCCUAUCACCGUUCGAUUGCCGCUCGGGCAUCAGAUAGUUCUGACAGUUUACCAGGAUUUGGCCCCUUUCUUUUUGUGUUGACAGCCGUUCGGGCUUCCGAUCAUUUUUUAGGACUUAGCAGUUUUUUCUGGCCUCAGAUGUUUCCAACAGUUUACCCGCAUUUGGCCUCCUUCUUAUGUUGAUAGCCGUUCGGGCUUCUGAUCAUUUUUUAGGACUUAGCAGUUUUAUAACCAGCAAUUUAGUUUGAUCUUUGCUAAUUCUAUGUGAGACCGUUCGUCAUUCGGCUAAUUUGAAACAUCUUAGUCAUUUGGCUCGAUGUUCGUUACUUGGCCAGUUGGAUAAUAUUUAGCUAUUAUCAUGGACCUUGUUGCAUUUCUUUGUGUGACCGUUCGAGAUAUAACAGGUUUCUUAUGGAUGCCUUCCUUUGGUUGUUCGUUGUUCGGCCAAAUGUGAAAGGAAUUGGCCGUUCUGACCUUCCUUUAUCCACCUUUGGCCUGCCGUUCAUUGUUCGGCCAGUUGAUACACAUAUCUGAAAUAAACAUUCGUUCGAUCUUGUUGGAAAAGAUUGCCUGGUUAAACAAUACUUGCAACCAUGUUUCUUCAUUGCCCGUUCGGGGUACGUGCCUAGCAAUGAGCCAUAAAUACGCCCUGAUUAAUCAUAACCACGUAAUGCCACGCGUUGUUUAUGGAUUAGGGUUUUGGGCGGCACUUUCUCUAUUUAUAGAGAGGUGCUUGAUCCUCAUUUUUCUUGCUGUUUCAAGUUUUUUCUCUCGUGUAUCUCCAAACUUUCUCUCUCUAGAAUUCUCAGGAUUCAUCAAGUGGUUUUAUGUAUUUUCCUUCUAGCUCAGAAUCUGAGGAAAUGUCGUUGAUUCGUGUAGGAAAAACUUCUGCUGGGAACAAGGUCGAAGGCUCUCUUCCUAAGUACCUAAUUCCGGCAAUCCUCUCACAGGAAAAGAUACCGAACAGCUUCGUGAUGACGGAUGCCUAUCAGGGGACGACGUACAGAUCUAUAACAAGGGAAUGCCCGAGCGGCCACCCCGCAUUGUCCUGCACUUCAAUCGUAUUGGCAAACAGAAACAACGUCUUCCUGAAGAUGCCGAACGACAACUUUGCCAACUAUUGCCUCCACCAAGAGAAUUUUACGCUGGAUUUAUUAGGCAUCCAAUGAGGCACCGACCGAGACACGUGCUAGUGCAUCUUGAUGCAUUGAUUGCCGGGCUUCGCUUCCAUCUUCACCCAUUCGUUGUGGAGUUCCUGCUUCGGGUUUCCGUACUUCCCGCUCAGUUCGUACCUAGCACCUACCGCAUUCUGACUGACUUCAUAAUUUGAUGCCCGGAACUGAGGAUCGCUCCAAGUGUUGAUUUAUUUCUACAGCAUUACUGCUAUCAGCCUUAUUGGACGACCGGGUACCUGAAGCUGGUAGCCCGAGCUGAUCAUCAGUUGUUUACAGAUACUAGGGAGGAACAGUAGAUUUAGAAUUUAGUAUUGUUAGCAAUUGUAAUCCCUUCCACCCUUCUCCUUUUUUGCAAACCAUAUUUGUACUUUCCGGCCGAUAGAGCCGAUGAAUAUAUAUAUGAUCCCUUUAGCACAAAGCUUCAUAUAUUGUCUUUCUUGCCUUUAUUGAUUGAUUGCUUACCAUUCGUGAUUCGGUCCGUUUUAUAGGACUUAACAGUUUUCUGACCUCAUUUUUUACUUAACAUUCCUAUCACCGUUCGAUUGCCGCUCGGGCAUCAGAUAGUUCUGACAAUUUACCAGGAUUUGGCCCCUUUCUUUUUGUGUUGACAGCCGUUCGGGCUUCCGAUCAUUUUUUAGGACUUAGCAGUUUUUUCUGGCCUCAGAUGUUUCCAACAGUUUACCCGCAUUUGGCCUCCUUCUUAUGUUGAUAGCCGUUCGGGCUUCUUGUCAUUUUUUAGGACUUAGCAGUUUUAUAACCAGCAAUUUAGUUUGAUCUUUGCUAAUUCUAUGUGAGACCGUUCGUCAUUCGGCUAAUUUGAAACAUCUUAGUCAUUUGGCUCGAUGUUCGUUACUUGGCCAGUUGGAUAAUAUUUAGCUGUUAUCAUGGACCUUGUUGCAUUUCUUUGUGUGACCGUUCGAGAUAUAACAGGUUUCUUAUGGAUGCCUUCCUUUGGUUGUUCGUUGUUCGGCCAAAUGUGAAAGGAAUUGGCCGUUCUGACCUUCCUUUAUCCACCUUUGGCCUGCCGUUCAUUGUUCGGCCAGUUGAUACACAUAUCUGAAAUAAACAUUCGUUCGAUCUUGUUGGAAAAGAUUGCCUGGUUAAACAAUACUUGCAACCAUGUUUCUUCAUUGCCCGUUCGGGGUACGUGCCUAGCAAUGAGCCAUAAAUACGCCCUGAUUAAUCAUAACCACGUAAUGCCACGUGUUGUUUAUGGAUUAGGGUUUUGGGCGGCACUUUCUCUAUUUAUAGAGAGGUGCUUGAUCCUCAUUUUUCUUGCUGUUUCAAGUUUUCUCUCUCGUGUAUCUCCAAGCUUUCUCUCUCUAGAAUUCUCAGGAUUCAUAAAGUGGUUUUAUGUAUUUUCCUUCUACCUCAGAAUCUGAGGAAAUGUCGUUGAUUCGUGUAGGAAAAACUUCUGCUGGGAACAAGGUCGAAGGCUCUCUUCCUAAGUACCUAAUUCCGGCAAUCCUCUCACAGGAAAAGAUACCGAACAGCUUCGUGAUGACGGAUGCCUAUCAGGGGACGACGUACAGAUCUAUAACAAGGGAAUGCCCGAGCGGCCACCCCGCAUUGUCCUGCACUUCAAUCGUAUUGGCAAACAGAAACAACGUCUUCCUGAAGAUGCCGAACGACAACUUUGCCAACUAUUGCCUCCACCAAGAGAAUUUUACGCUGGAUUUAUUAGGCAUCCAAUGAGGCACCGACCGAGACACGUGCUAGUUCAUCUUGAUGCAUUGAUUGCCGGGCUUCGCUUCCCUCUUCACCCAUUCGUUGUGGAGUUCCUGCGUCGGGUUUCCGUACUUCCCGCUCAGUUCGUACCUAGCACCUACCGCAUUCUGACUGACUUCAUAAUUUGAUGCCAGGAACUGAGGAUCGCUCCAAGUGUUGAUUUAUUUCUACAGCAUUACUGCUAUCAGCCUUAUUGGACGACCGGGUACCUGAAGCUGGUAGCCCGAGCUGAUCAUCAGUUGUUUACAGAUAAUCCUACCCCGCCGGCUGACUGGGAGGAGCGAUUUCUAUUCGUUCGUAUAGGCGAUUCUCUCCCAUUUCCUGAUUGGUGGAACGCCUACCCCGUUCGGGAUUCUCAGCCCAGAAUAUAUGUCGUUCUGCACUCCCAAGCUGAAUCUCUGCGUAUGGGAGGAACUCGAAGUCUUCGGGGUUUUAUUACCCCUUCUAAUAUGCUAUCUGCUGGGAUUGGUAAGUGUAACAGGGUUUUAACCCGAUCGUCCUCCUUUCAAUUUAGUUUCUUAUCUCUUAUUCCCUUUGUUGUAGGUGUGAUAUCCCAUAUACCCGUUCGGCGUUCCAUAUCUGCCGUUACUCCGACAGCUUCCUCCGGAAAAGGCAAGGAGAAGAUGAUUGCCGAUCAUGCAUCUGCUGAGCAAACCCGGAAGAAACGCAGAGGGAAUGAUGGCAGCAUACUGAUCCCGGUCGAUCACGUGGUCGAUUUGACCGGAACGGAGGCUGAGCCAAAAAGAUCUGUGCCUGCCAAACCGAAAACUCUAGUUCUUUCUGAUACGCCGGUCGAUGAUCGGAUGUUUGUUGAGUUUUCAAACAUGGGGCCUAGAGCAGAAGGAAGAUACCUGUUCGGGCUAAUGCCAUCAUCCAUGUGGUGCAGCACUUCGCUGAAGGUUCCCCCUAGCUUCACAAACCAGACUCACUGGUUAGAUCUUCUUAAGGCAGGUCAUCAAGAGGCACUCAAGGCCGGUGUAUAUUAUCACAAGGCCUUCCUGGCGGCCGAAAAGGAAAUGAAACUCCUAGCCAGCGAUCGGGACGAUAACCAGGUCCUUCUUUCCGCUGCUCGGAAAUUAGCUGCAGAUCUACAAGAACGCGCCAAAGAAGGUGAGAAAGCGAAGGCUGCUCUGGCUGCGAUGCAAGAAAAGACCCGAUGUCGCGAUCGAGAGAUUAAAGAACUCCGGGCCAAGGUGCGGGCUGCUGAAUCUGCCGGGGUAAAAUUUGAUAAGGUCCUUGGUGACAAUCUUCCCAAGCCUUAUACUGCCAACACUUCCCAUAUUGCCAAUCAAUCAAUAGUUGACUAUCAACGGGGUAAAGGGCUGAACGUCGCUCUAGAGAAUACAGCUCGACAAUUCCUGGGACCUCAUCUUGGCCAAUUUUUGCGCGAAAGCGAAGAUCCCGUUAAGGCAGGCAUCGAUCUCCUAGAUAGCAUGCCGGAAGGGAAGUCUUUUCUAGAUGUCCUGACCGAGAAGACUGUGAAACAAAGUCAGGAUCUGCUUUUAGACAGGAACCAUGAUCUGAUCCUGGAGCAUUUCCCUAAGCCAUUCGAUCCUGAUGAGUUGGGAUUUGAUGAUCUGUUCGGGAAUACCUAUGAUCGGGUUAUGGAGAAAAGAAAAGAAGCAGUGCCCGAUGAUGCAGCGCAGGCAGGGAGCUCCCGACCCUUAUCUUCCCCGAACGGCGAUCCUCCAGUAGCGUAGCCUUAUAUAUUUAUUUUUCGCCUUCUCUUCUUUUUCUUUUGUAUCUUCCGGCUAGUAGUGCCGAAGAAUAAACUGGAUAUUUUCCUUUAACCGUGUUGAAGUAUUGCUCUUCUGUUUAUUGAUUUUUUGUCAUUUCUCUUGUUCAUAAUAUUUUCUGUGUUGCCGAACAUCACUCGGCUCAUGUAUCUCUAUAUUUCUGACAUUGUUUCCAAUCCGUUUUGAUCCCACUGUUCGGUCGUAAGGCCAGGGUCAAAUUCUUUUGGCUGAAAUAAUGUCUUCCUCCAAACCGUUCGUCAUUCAAUCAUCUCUCUGAAAAUUCCGAUUCUGCGGACGACAAUCUAUGUUAUCGAACGUCACUCGCUUUGACAAUAGUUGUUCUGACACCAUUCCCAAGCCGGUUUUGAUCCCUUUAUCGUUCGUGAUCCACGGGGUCAAAAAUCUUUUAGUUGAGGUGAAUCCCUCCAAGCCGUUUUGAUCGUGAUCACAGGGUCAAAUUUUCAGCUGAGAUGGCGGCUCCCUCCAAACUGUUAACCCGUUCGUCAUUCGGUCAUCCGGAAUGAUCCCACGUGAUAACAAGCUGAGGUGAGACUCUCUCCCUUCCAAACCCAUAAUUCCAAUGCAUUCCGAACAAUUCUCUCUGCCUCGUAUCAUCCAUAUUAGGGGUCCGAGGUAACCCUUUUCAAACUGUAAGCAAGGUCACCGGAUCGGGUUAUUCCUUACUUAUAGCUAAAAGGGCGACUCGCUUCCAAAUCAAGUUAAUGACUGAGGCGAGAUUUUUCAAAACCAUAGUUCCGAUUCCCCGGACGACAAUCCGUACCUUAUCCGAACGUCGCUCGGUUCGUCCAUACUUAUAGUCUUGACACCAUCUCCAAGCCGUUUUGAUCCCUUUGCCCGGUCGUAAUUACAGGGUCAAAUUCUUUUAGCUAAGUUGAUGGUUCAGCUCCCUCCAAAUUGUUAACCCGUUCCUCAUUCGGUCAUCCGGAAUGAUUCUGUGUGUUAAAAGCUGAGGUGAGAUUUCCUGACAUCAAACUCCAAGCCGUUUUGAUCCCUUUAACAAUUCGUAAUUACAGGGUAAAAUUCUGUUAGCUGAGAUAAUGGCUCCCUCCAAACUGCUAACAUGUUCCUCAUUCGGUUAUCUGGAACGAUUCUCAUGUUAACCGCUGAGAUGAGACUCUCUGAGCGUCAAAUUCCAAGCCGUUUUGAUCCCUCUUAUGAUUGCAGGGUCAAAUUCUGUUAGCUGAGGAUGACUUUCCUUCCAUGUUGUUAACCCGUUCGUCAUUCGGUCAUCCGGAAUGACCGUGUUAAUCAUGGGUUGAGAUUUUCUGAGCAUCGAUUCUCCAAGCCGUUUGAUCCCUUUAUCCGUUCAUAAUUCUAGGGUCAACUUCUUUUAGCUGAGAAUGAUUUUCCUUCCAUGUUGUUAACCCGUUCGUCAUUCGGUCAUCCGGAAUGACUGCUUGUUAACUAUGGG